UCAUCGUCUCGUCAGCUGGUGUUCGUAAAUUCAAUUUUCAUCAGGUGGACAACAAGAACAGACGGAGCAAUAAUUUAAUCUGGCGUCACGCUGGCGACUAGUAUGCGACCUAUGAUCCUGUCGCGAAAGCUCCUGUCUUUCCCAAGAGCCAAAAGCGAGCCUGUCUGUCUGUGAGCCGCCGCCGCUGCAUUCCGAUCUGGAUCACCCGCGGCCAUGGAAUCCCUUCCCGUCGCCGUGGUGACAGUACCUUUCCCGGCGCAGGGCCACCUGAACCAGCUCCUGCACCUGUCGCUGCUGCUCGCGAGGGAGGGGAUCCCCGUGCACUUCGCCGCGCCGGAGCCGCACCUCCGGGAGGCCCGCGCGCGCGUGCACGGCUGGGACGCGGGCUCCCUCCUCGCCCUCCGCUUCCGCGCCCUCGACGUCCCGGCGCACGCGUCCCCGGACCCCGACCCGUCCUCGCCGUUCCCCACGCACAUGCAGCCCCUGUUCGAGGCCUUCUGCGACGGCGGCGCCGCCCGGGCCUCGCUGUCCGCGCUCCUGCACGAGCUCUCGGCGUCCCACCGCCGCGUCGUGGUCCUGCACGACCGCAUGGCGGCGUUCGCGGCCGCCGAGGCAGCCCGGCUGCCCAACGGGGAGGCGCUCGGGGUGCACUGCCUCGCCGCGUCCUACAACGUCGGGUGGAUGGACCCCGGCCACCGCCUCCUGCGGGAGCACGGGAUGGUGUUCCACCCGGCCGACGCCUGCGCGACCAAGGAGUUCGUGGCGCUGGCCAAGCGGAUGGGCCAGGAGCGCCGCCGCGCGCCCGGCUCCGGCAUGGUCGUGAACACCUGCCGCGCGCUCGAGGGCGAGUUCCUCGACGUGCUCGCCGCCCAGAGCGCUUCCUCCUCCGACGGCCAGAAGCUGUUCGCCAUUGGGCCUCUGAACCCGGUGCUCCCCGUCACCGACGCGCACGCGGCCGCGCAGGCUCCGCCGCAGCGACACGAGUGCCUGAAAUGGCUCGACAGGCAGCCGCCGUCGUCGGUGCUGUACAUCUCGUUCGGCACGACGUCGUCUCUCCGGGCAGAGCAGGUGAGGGAGCUGGCCGCAGCGCUGCGCGACACUAACCAGCGGUUCGUCUGGGUGCUGCGCGACGCCGACCGGGCGGACAUGCGCGAGUCCGGCGGCGCGCGCGGGCUCGCGGACGCGGCUGCGUCUCUGCUCGGCGACGCGGCUGCUCAGGGGACGGGCGUGAUGGUCACCGGGUGGGCGCCGCAGCUGGAGAUCCUGGCGCACGUGGCGACGGCGGCUUUCAUGAGCCACUGCGGGUGGAACUCGACGGUGGAGGGGCUGAGCCAUGGGAAGGCCAUCCUGUCGUGGCCGAUGCACAGCGACCAGCCAUGGGACGCGGAGCUCGUGUGCAAAUACCUCGGGGCCGGCGUCCUCGUGCGACCAUGGGAGGAGCGCGGGCAAGUCACGCCGGCGGCCGCCAUCCGGGAGGCCAUCGAGAGGGCGAUGCGAUCGGAGGAAGGGGCGACGGUCCGGGACAAGGCAAGGGCGCUCGGGCAGGCCAUUCGCGCCGCCGUGGCCGACGGCGGGUCCUCGCGCCGGGACCUGGACGACCUCGUGGCGUACGUGACGAGGUGACCGACCGAUCGACGGCGCGGCAAGCUGGCGAUAGAUGCGCGACGUGGUGCUGUGAAGUUAAAGAUUCAUGGCUGUUUAAGCAGAGUGACAUGACUGUCUGUUGACUCGAGCUAACCAGUGUCAUCACAUAUUGAGACCUUCUUUGCUCAAAUAUCCCCUGUCAAUGUCAAUGCUUCCCUUCUACCCAUACGAAGAUCCACAACCAGAGAAAUGUGACAUAGUUGGAGAAAAUUUGACCAUAUUGAUAUUCGAUGAAUCUGAAUGGAUUUCAAGUGUAAA